CGGGUAGUCCGGGCGGUGAGAGCGGCAGCAGCGGCGGCGGCACCGCCUCCUCCUCACACUCCCGAGGUGGCGGGGUUAGAUGAGCAGCCCCAGUAGCGGCGAGGGCCGUGCAGUGGGGAGAAGGAAAAAGAGGAGGAGGAGGGGGUCGUUGCUGUCUUUGUAGUUUCCUGGUUGCUGGAGCGAGAGGCCACCGCCGGAGCCGUCGUCGUUGGAAAAGGGCUGUGUGUGUGCGCGCGCCUGCCUGCCUGGCCCGCGGGGACCCGGCAGCAGCGGCGAGGAUGAUGAUGUGCGCAGCCAAUGCCUCCCCCGCCGCCGCCUCCUCGGGGGCUGGCGGGGACGGAUUCUUCUCCGCCGCCACUGUCUCUUCCUUCCCAGCGCCGGGGGCGCUGUUCAUGCCGGUUCCCGAGGGGUCCGUGGCUGCUGCGGGGCUGGGGCUGGGGUUGCCCGCCGCGGACUCCCGGGGUCACUACCAGCUGCUGCUGUCAGGCCGGGCCCUGGCCGACCGCUACCGGAGGAUUUACACAGCUGCGCUCAGUGACAGGGACCCGGGGGGCAGCAGCGCUGGACACUCGGCCUCCAGGAAUAAGAAAAUUUUAAAUAAGAAGAAGUUGAAAAGAAAACAGAAGAGCAAAUCAAAAGUCAAGACAAGAAGCAAGUUUGAAAACUUGGAAAAUACAGUAAUCAUACCUGAUAUCAAACUACAUAGCAAUCCUUCUGCCUUUAAUAUUUAUUGCAAUGUACGUCAUUGUGUUCUGGAAUGGCAGAAAAAGGAAAUAUCCUUGGCAGCUGCAUCUAAGAACUCUGUGCAGAGUGGAGAGUCAGAUAGUGAUGAAGAGGAAGAAUCCAAAGAACCCCCUAUCAAGCUUCCAAAGAUCAUUGAGGUUGGACUUUGUGAAGUUUUUGAAUUGAUCAAGGAGACACGAUUUUCUCAUCCAUCCUUGUGCCUCAGGAGUCUCCAAGCCCUGCUUAACGUGCUGCAGGGGCAGCAGCCGGAAGGCCUCCAGUCAGAGCCACCCGAGGUCCUAGAGUCUCUCUUCCAGCUUCUUUUGGAAAUCACUGUUCGAAGCACUGGGAUGAAUGACAGCACAGGACAGUCUCUGACAGCGCUUUCCUGUGCUUGCCUCUUUAGUCUGGUGGCUUCUUGGGGAGAAACCGGAAGGACGCUUCAGGCCAUCUCUGCUAUUCUCACCAACAAUGGCAGUCAUGCUUGCCAAACUAUUCAGGUGCCAACAAUACUGAAUUCACUACAGAGAAGUGUACAGGCAGUGUUAGUAGGAAAAAUUCAAAUUCAGGACUGGUUUAGCAAUGGCAUUAAAAAAGCAGCUUUAAUGCACAGGUGGCCUUUAAAAGAAAUAUCUGUUGAUGAAGAUGAUCAAUGUCUACUUCAGAAUGAUGGAUUCUUCCUUUAUCUGUUGUGCAAGGAUGGAUUGUACAAAAUAGGCUCUGGAUACAGUGGAACAGUGAGGGGCCAUAUAUACAAUUCCACAUCUCGCAUCAGAAACAGAAAAGAAAAAAAAUCUUGGUUAGGAUAUGCUCAGGGUUAUUUAUUGUAUAGAGAUGUGAAUAACCACAGCAUGACAGCCAUAAGAAUAAGCCCGGAAACACUGGAACAAGAUGGAACUGUAAUGUUACCAGAUUGCCACACUGAAGGUCAAAAUAUUUUAUUCACUGAUGGAGAAUAUAUUAAUCAGAUAGCUGCUUCAAGAGAUGAUGGCUUUGUUGUCAGAAUAUUUGCCACAAGUACUGAACCUGUGCUACAACAAGAACUACAACUUAAACUGGCCAGAAAAUGCUUGCAUGCCUGUGGUAUCUCACUGUUUGAUCUGGAAAAGGAUUUGCAUAUUAUAAGUACAGGAUUUGAUGAGGAGUCAGCAAUUCUUGGUGCAGGACGGGAGUUUGCACUAAUGAAAACAGCAAAUGGAAAGAUAUAUUACACAGGCAAGUACCAGAGUCUUGGAAUCAAACAAGGUGGUCCUUCAGCAGGAAAAUGGGUUGAGCUACCAAUUACAAAAUCUCCAAAAAUUGUUCACUUCUCCGUCGGACAUGAUGGCUCUCAUGCCCUUUUAGUUGCAGAAGAUGGAAGCAUAUUCUUUACAGGAUCUGCUAGUAAAGGAGAAGAUGGAGAGUCAACUAAGAGCAGACGACAAUCAAAACCAUAUAAACCUAAAAAGAUAAUUAAGAUGGAAGGAAAGAUUGUGGUGUAUACAGCCUGCAAUAAUGGAAGUAGUUCUGUUAUUUCUAAAGAUGGAGAGCUGUACAUGUUUGGAAAAGAUGCCAUUUACUCUGAUAGUUCAAGUUUGGUAACAGAUUUGAAGGGCCAUUUCGUAAUUCAGGUAGCUAUGGGCAAAGCUCACACUUGUGUUUUAAUGAAGAAUGGAGAAGUUUGGACAUUUGGUGUAAAUAAUAAAGGACAGUGUGGAAGAGACACGGGUGCCAUGAACCAAGGUGGGAAAGGGUUUGGAGUUGAAAAUAUGGCCACGGCAAUGGAUGAAGACCUGGAAGAAGAGCUGGAUGAGAAAGAUGAGAAGUCUAUGAUGUGCCCUCCAGGCAUGCAUAAGUGGAAGCUGGAGCAGUGCAUGGUGUGCACUGUCUGUGGAGACUGUACAGGCUAUGGAGCCAGCUGUGUCAGUAGUGGGCGUCCAGACAGAGUUCCCGGAGGGAUUUGUGGCUGUGGUUCUGGAGAAUCUGGCUGUGCUGUGUGUGGAUGUUGCAAGGCUUGUGCAAGAGAGCUGGAUGGUCAAGAAGCAAGACAAAGAGGAAUUCUUGAUGCAGUGAAAGAGAUGAUACCUUUAGAUCUCCUGUUAGCUGUCCCAGUACCUGGAGUUAACAUUGAAGAACACCUUCAGUUAAGACAAGAAGAAAAACGGCAGCGAGUAAUCAGGAGGCACAGAAUAGAGGAUGGAAGAGGCCCCCUUCUAUUUGCUGGUCCUAUUUUUAUGAACCAUCGAGAGCAGGCUCUAGCCAGACUCAGAUCCCAUCCAGCACAGCUAAAGCAUAAACGGGACAAGCACAAAGAUGGAAGUGGAGAACGGGGAGAAAAGGAUGCAAGCAAAAUCACAACAUAUCCUCCAGGCUCUGUGCGGUUUGAUUGUGAGCUCCGGGCAGUGCAAGUCAGCUGUGGAUUUCACCAUUCAGUGGUUUUAAUGGAGAACGGAGAUGUCUAUACGUUUGGCUACGGGCAGCAUGGGCAGCUGGGACAUGGAGAUGUCAAUUCCAGGGGAUGUCCCACUCUUGUUCAAGCAUUGCCAGGCCCUAGCACACAAGUUACUGCAGGCAGCAACCAUACGGCAGUACUUUUAAUGGAUGGACAGGUCUUCACAUUUGGAAGUUUUUCUAAAGGACAACUGGGCAGACCAAUUCUGGAUGUGCCAUAUUGGAAUGCAAAACCAGCUCCCAUGCCUAACAUUGGAUCAAAAUAUGGAAGAAAAGCUACCUGGAUAGGUGCAAGUGGGGACCAGACUUUCUUGCGAAUUGAUGAAGCACUAAUCAAUUCACAUGUGCUGGCUACAUCAGAAAUUUUUGCCAGUAGACACAUAAUAGGCUUGAUACCUGCUUCUAUAUCAGAACCUCCUCCGUUUAAGUGUCUUCUGAUAAACAAAGUGGAUGGGAGUUGUAAAACAUUUAAUGACUCUGAGCAAGAAGAUCUGCAAGGGUUUGGUGUGUGUCUUGAUCCAGUGUAUGAUGUCAUUUGGAGGUUUCGACCAAAUACUAGAGAACUGUGGUGUUACAAUGCGGUGGUUGCUGAUGCCAGACUUCCUUCUGCAACAGACAUGCAGUCCCGAUGCAGCAUUCUAAGCCCUGAACUUGCAUUACCAACAGGAUCAAGGGCUCUCACCACCCGCUCUCAUGCAGCUUUGCACAUUCUAGGUUGUCUUGAUACCUUGGCAACUAUGCAGGAUUUAAAAAUGGGUGUUGCAAGUACAGAGGAGGAGACUCAAGCAGUAAUGAAGGUUUAUUCCAAAGAAGAUUAUAGUGUAGUGAACAGGUUUGAAAGUCACGGAGGAGGCUGGGGUUACUCUGCUCAUUCAGUAGAAGCCAUACGUUUCAGUGCUGACACUGACAUUUUACUUGGUGGUCUUGGUCUGUUUGGUGGUAGAGGAGAAUAUACUGCCAAAAUUAAGCUAUUUGAGUUGGGACCUGAUGGAGGAGACCAUGAAACUGAUGGAGACCUUCUUGCAGAGACUGAUGUGUUGGCUUAUGACUGUGCUGCCAGAGAAAAGUACGCAAUGAUGUUUGAUGAGCCAGUCCUCCUGCAAGCUGGGUGGUGGUAUGUGGCCUGGGCUCGAGUGUCAGGGCCCAGCAGUGACUGUGGGUCCCACGGGCAAGCGUCCAUCACUACAGAUGAUGGGGUUGUUUUCCAGUUUAAAAGUUCAAAGAAAUCAAAUAAUGGUACAGAUGUUAACGCUGGUCAGAUACCUCAAUUAUUAUACAGAUAUUUUGAGAGGAAAAAUGUCACUAGCCCUUCUAGCAUAAAUUUAUGUGUGUCUCCUACCUUCAGACUUCCGACCAGUGAUGGCAGUGCUUCAAAAGGCAAACAGCAAACUAGCGAACCUGUACACAUUUUAAAGAGAUCUUUUGCAAGAACCGUCUCAGUGGAAUGUUUUGAGUCACUGUUGAGUAUUCUUCACUGGAGCUGGACCACCCUAGUCCUAGGAGUUGAAGAACUUAGAGGAUUAAAAGGAUUCCAGUUUACAGCUACACUUCUAGAUUUGGAGAGGCUGCGCUUUGUGGGUACCUGUUGUCUGAGGUUAUUGCGUGUCUAUACCUGUGAAAUUUACCCAGUGUCAGCUACAGGUAAAGCAGUUGUGGAAGAAACUAGCAAAUUAGCAGAAUGUAUUGGAAAAACCAGAACUUUGUUAAGGAAAAUUUUAUCAGAAGGAGUGGAUCACUGUAUGGUGAAGCUGGAUAACGAUCCUCAGGGGUAUCUCAGUCAACCCUUGAGCCUCCUAGAGGCUGUGCUGCAGGAGUGCCAUAACACCUUCACCGCCUGCUUCCACUCCUUCUACCCAACGCCGGCCUUGCAGUGGGCCUGCCUGUGUGAUCUGCUGAACUGUUUGGAUCAGGAUAUCCAAGAAGCAAACUUCAAGACAUCAAGUAGUCGACUUCUAGCAGCUGUUAUGUCCGCUCUGUGUCACACUUCUGUUAAGCUGACUUCCAUCUUCCCUAUUGCCUAUGAUGGAGAAGUACUGCUGCGGUCAAUCGUUAAACAAGUUAGCACAGAGAACGACUCAACACUGGUUCACCGUUUUCCCCUUUUGGUAGCACAUAUGGAAAAACUCAGCCAGAGUGAAGAGAAUAUCUCAGGGAUGACAAGCUUCCGUGAAGUUCUGGAGAAGAUGCUGGUUAUUGUCGUGCUCCCUGUCAGGAACAGCCUGAGGAGGGAAAACGAGCUGUUCUCCUCCCACUUGGUCUCCAACACCUGUGGGUUACUGGCCAGCAUUGUCAGCGAGCUGACAGCGUCAGCCCUGGGAUCGGAGAUUGAUGGACUUAAUUCUCUUCACUCUGUUAAAGCCAGUGCUAACCGAUUCACAAAAACAAGUCAGGGAAGAAGUUGGAACACUGGGAAUGGGUCCCCUGAUGCAAUCUGUUUUUCAGUCGACAAGCCCGGAAUAGUUGUGGUUGGUUUUUCUGUCUAUGGAGGAGGUGGAAUUCAUGAAUAUGAAUUAGAGGUGCUGGUUGACGAUAGCGAACAUGCAGGAGAUUCAACUCAUUCUCACAGAUGGACAUCUCUAGAGUUAGUCAAAGGAACCUAUACAACAGAUGAUUCACCCAGUGAUAUCGCUGAAAUCAGACUUGACAAAGCUGUUCCUUUAAAGGAAAACGUUAAAUACGCCGUGCGCUUGAGGAACUAUGGGAGCCGAACGGCCAAUGGAGAUGGAGGAAUGACCACCGUUCAGUGCCCUGAUGGUGUGACAUUCACAUUCAGCACAUGCAGCUUGAGUAGUAAUGGCACGAACCAGACCAGAGGGCAGAUUCCACAGAUACUUUACUAUAGGAGUGAAUUUGAUGGAGAUUUACAGUCCCAGCUUCUGAGUAAAGCCAAUGAAGAAGAUAAAAACUGUAGCAGAGCUCUCUCUGUGGUAAGCACCGUUGUUCGAGCUGCAAAAGACCUUUUGCACAGAGCUCUUGCUGUGGAUGCUGAUGACAUUCCAGAACUGCUUAGCUCUUCCAGUCUGUUUUCCAUGCUGCUUCCGCUUAUUAUAGCCUACAUUGGACCAGUAGCUGCUGCUAUUCCCAAGGUGGCUGUAGAAGUCUUUGGCCUUGUCCAACAGUUGCUUCCCUCAGUUGCCAUUUUGAAUCAGAAGUAUGCGCCCCCUGCAUUCAAUCCUAACCAGUCAACAGACAGCACCACAGGAAACCAGCCCGAACAAGGCCUCUCUGCGUGUACCACCUCUAAUCACUAUGCCGUCAUAGAGAGUGAACACCCCUAUAAACCUGCAUGUGUGAUGCACUACAAGGUGACCUUCCCAGAAUGUGUACGGUGGAUGACAAUUGAGUUUGACCCUCAGUGUGGUACUGCACAAUCAGAAGAUGUCCUCCGUUUGUUGAUUCCCAUCAGGACUAUUCAGAAUUCGGGAUACGGACCAAAAUUGACAUCUGUCCAUGAAAAUCUUAAUUCCUGGAUAGAGUUGAAGAAAUUUUCAGGAUCUUCUGGGUGGCCUACUAUGGUUUUAGUGUUGCCAGGAAAUGAGGCCCUUUUUUCAUUGGAGACGGCAUCAGAUUAUGUGAAAGAUGACAAGGCUUCCUUCUAUGGUUUCAAAUGUUAUGCAAUUGGAUAUGAGUUUAGCCCCGGACCUGAUGAGGGAGUCAUUCAGUUGGAAAAAGAGUUAGCCAAUCUAGGUGGGGUUUGUGCAGCGGCUUUGAUGAAAAAGGACCUGGCACUUCCUAUUGCAGGUAACGAAUUAGAAGAAGAUCUUGAAAUUCUUGAAGAGGCCGCAUUACAGGUGUGCAAAACCCAUUCUGGUAUUCUUGGAAAGGGUUUAGCUCUUUCUCAUUCACCAACUAUAUUGGAGGCACUUGAAGGAAACUUACCGCUGCAAAUCCAAAGCAACGAACAGUCCUUCCUGGAUGACUUUAUUGCUUGUGUUCCCGGAUCAAGCGGUGGGAGGCUUGCAAGGUGGCUUCAGCCAGAUUCCUAUGCUGAUCCUCAGAAGACUUCUUUGAUUCUGAAUAAGGAUGAUAUUCGUUGUGGUUGGCCUACCACCAUAACUGUUCAAACAAAAGACCAGUAUGGGGAUGUGGUACAUGUUCCCAAUAUGAAGGUGGAAGUGAAAGCUGUUCCCAUUUCUCAGAAAAAAACAUCUUUACAACAAGAGCAAGUGAAGAAGCCUCAAAGGAUCCCGGGCAGCCCUGCCAUCACAGCUGGGCCCUCUAACACCGACAAGACUUUUGGUGGGCUGGCAUCGCCGAAGCUGGAUGUUUCGUAUGAGCCGAUGAUCGUCAAGGAAGCUCGCUAUAUUGCCAUAACAAUGAUGAAGGUUUAUGAAAAUUACUCAUUUGAAGAACUACGUUUUGCAUCACCAACUCCCAAGAGACCCAGUGAGAAUAUGCUGAUCCGUGUCAAUAAUGAUGGCACUUACUGUGCAAAUUGGACUCCAGGAGCCAUUGGACUUUACACUAUUCAUGUUACCAUCGAUGGCAUUGAAAUAGAUGCUGGACUGGAAGUAAAAGUAAAAGACCCACCAAAAGGGAUGAUACCACCAGGAACUCAGCUGGUCAAACCAAGGACUGAACCUCAACCAAAUAAGGUUCGGAAAUUUGUGGCCAAGGACAGUGCAGGGCUCCGCAUCCGCAGCCACCCCUCCCUCCAGAGCGAGCAGAUCGGCAUAGUGAAAGUCAACGGGACCAUCACUUUCAUUGACGAGAUUCACAAUGACGAUGGUGUGUGGCUGAGACUGAAUGAUGAGACAAUAAAGAAGUAUGUUCCUAACAUGAAUGGUUACACUGAAGCCUGGUGCCUCUCUUUUAAUCAGCAUCUUGGCAAGAGUCUUCUGGUCCCUGUUGACAAUAUCUUUAAUGCUAGCCAAGGAGUCAGGGAUUUGGACGUAUUUUCAUGGACUUCCAAAGCUUUUUACCCCCAGGAACCUAAAACUAAUACUGAUGAAUUUUUCAAAGACAUAAGCUCCUGCUGCCCACAGGAAGCAACAAUGCAAGAACAAGAUAUGCCGUUCUUGCGAGGAGGUCCAGGAAUGUACAAGGUAGUGAAGACAGGACCUUCUGGCCACAACAUCAGAAGCUGCCCUAACCUUAGAGGUAUCCCAAUUGGAAUGUUAGUUCUGGGAAACAAAGUCAAAGCAGUGGGAGAGGUAACCAAUUCUGAAGGUACAUGGGUGCAGCUGGAUAAGAACAGCAUGGUAGAGUUCUGUGAGAGUGAUGAAGGAGAGGCAUGGUCCUUAGCUAGAGACAGAGGCGGAAACCAGUACCUCCGACAUGAAGAUGAACAAGUGCUUCUGGAUCAGAAUUCUCAAACUCCUCCUCCAAGCCCUUUCUCAGUACAAGCUUUCAAUAAAGGGGCAAGUUGCAGUGCCCAAGGAUUUGAUUAUGGACUCGGAAAUAAUAAAGGUGACCAACUGAGUGCCAUAUUGAAUUCAAUUCAGUCACGGCCCAAUCUCCCAGCUCCUUCCAUCUUUGAUCAAGCUGCAAAACCUCCCUCUUCCCUAGUCCACAGCCCAUUUGUGUUCGGACAGCCCCUUUCCUUCCAGCAAGCUCAGCUUCAGAAAUCUCCAUCUCGCAACCUUGCUUCUCGUGAGCGCAUUUACAAAAAUUAUGGUGUAGCUGGGCCUGCCUCUGCUCUUUCAUCUCUGUCUCACAAACUGAAGGGUGACCGAGGAACUAUCUCAACAUCUUCUAGACCAGUCUGUACAUCAGGAAAAUCAGAACUGUCCUCCAAACACAGCAGAUCCAUUAAACCUGAUGGACGUAUGAGCCGGACUACUGCUGAUCAAAAGAAACCAAGGGGUACAGACGGUUUAUCAGCUAGUGAAUCCCUCAUGUUGAAAUCUGAUGCUGCAAAGUUGAGGUCAGAUUCUCAUAGUAGGUCAUUGUCCCCCAACCAUAAUACCUUGCAGACAAUGAAAUCUGAUGGGAGGAUGUCUUCUAGUUUCAGAGCUGAAUCCCCGGGACCAGGUUCUCGGCCAUCGUCUCCUAAGCCAAAGACUCUCCCCGCCAAUAGGUCUAGCCCAUCUGGUGCUAGUUCUCCCCGCUCCUCCUCACCACAUGAUAAAAAUCUACCUCAAAAAAGCGCGGCUCCUGUUAAGACAAAACUUGAUCCUCCUCGGGAACGUUCCAAAUCAGACUCUUACACACUUGAUCCAGACACCCUCCGCAAGAAGAAAAUGCCUCUCACAGAACCAUUAAGGGGACGGUCAACAUCACCGAAACCCAAACCAGUACCAAAGGAUUCAAAAGAUUCCCCCGGAUCUGAAAAUAGAGCUCCUUCUCCCCAUGUGGUACAAGAAAACCUUCACAGUGAGGUGGUGGAAGUCUGCACUUCAAGUACGUUAAAAACAAACAGCCUAACGGAUAGCACCUGUGAUGAAAGCAGUGAAUUUAAGAAUGUGGAUGAAGGCUCAAAUAAAGUUCAUUUCAGCAUAGGAAAAGCCCCGCUGAAAGAGGAACAAGACAUGAGAGCAUCCCCUAAAAUAAGUCGAAAAUGUGCUAAUAGACACACCAGGCCCAAAAAGGAAAAAUCCAACUUUCUCUUCAAAGGAGACGGAGCCAAACCUCUAGAGCCCGCCAAGCAAGCCAUGUCCCCUUCUGUGGCCGAGUGUGCCAGGGCAGUCUUUGCCUCCUUCCUGUGGCACGAAGGCAUAGUGCACGACGCGAUGGCUUGUUCUUCUUUCUUAAAGUUUAAUCCUGAACUUUCCAAAGAACACGCUCCUAUAAGAAGUAGUUUAAACAGUCAACAACCUACAGAAGAAAAGGAAACCAAAUUAAAAAAUAGACACUCAUUGGAAAUAUCAUCUGCACUGAAUAUGUUUAAUAUUGCACCUCAUGGACCAGAUAUAUCCAAAAUGGGUAGUAUCAACAAAAAUAAGGUGCUGUCUAUGCUUAAGGAGCCACCUCUGCAUGAAAAAUGUGAGGAUGGGAAAACCGAAGCCACUUUCGAAAUGUCCAUGCAUCACCCAAUGAAGUCAAAAUCUCCUCUUCCCUUGACUUUACAACAUUUGGUGGCUUUCUGGGAAGACAUCUCUUUGGCUACUAUCAAAGCAGCUUCCCAAAAUAUGAUUUUUCCAAGUCCUGGCUCUUGUGCAGUCCUUAAAAAGAAAGAGUGUGAAAAAGAGAAUAAGAAGGCCAAAAAAGAGAAAAAGAAAAAAGAAAAGGCAGAAGUUCGGCCCAGAGGUAAUUUAUUUGGUGAGAUGGCCCAGCUGGCAGUAGGAGGACCAGAGAAAGACACCAUCUGUGAGCUGUGCGGAGAGUCACAUCCAUACCCAGUGACAUACCACAUGAGACAAGCUCACCCAGGCUGUGGCCGUUAUGCUGGUGGACAAGGCUACAACAGCAUUGGGCACUUUUGUGGAGGAUGGGCUGGUAACUGUGGCGAUGGUGGCAUAGGAGGGAGCACUUGGUACCUGGUAUGUGAUCGCUGUCGGGAAAAGUACCUCCGUGAAAAACAGGCUGCUGCAAGGGAAAAGGUCAAACAAUCUAGGAGGAAGCCAAUGCAAGUGAAGACUCCUCGUGCCUUGCCCACCAUGGAAGCACACCAGGUGAUUAAAGCAAAUGCACUCUUCCUGCUGUCCCUGAGCAGUGCAGCGGAGCCAAGCAUCCUGUGUUACCAUCCUGCGAAACCGUUCCAGUCGCAGCUUCCCAUUGUGAAAGAGGGCAUUUCUGAGGACCUUCCUGUUAAAAUGCCUUGUCUCUACCUGCAGACCUUAGCGAGGCAUCAUCACGAAAAUUUUGUGGUCUAUCAGGAUGACAACUUAUUCCAGGAUGAAAUGAGAUACCUACGUUCAACAUCUGUACCUGCCCCCUACAUAUCAGUAACUCCUGAUGCCAGUCCUAAUGUAUUUGAAGAGCCAGAGAGCAACAUGAAGUCUAUGCCACCGAGUUUAGAAACUAGUCCCAUAACUGAUACUGAUCUUGCAAAGAGAACUGUCUUCCAAAGAUCAUACUCAGUUGUUGCUUCUGAAUAUGAUAAACAACACUCCAUUUUACCUGCACGAGUCAAAGCCAUUCCUAGAAGAAGAGUUAACAGUGGGGACACUGAAGUUGGCUCUUCUCUCUUGAGACAUCCAUCUCCAGAGCUUUCCCGGCUAAUCUCAGCCCACAGCUCUCUUUCCAAAGGAGAACGAAAUUUCCAAUGGCCAGUUUUAGCUUUCGUUAUACAGCAUCAUGAUCUAGAAGGUCUUGAAAUAGCAAUGAAACAGGCCUUAAGGAAAUCUGCUUGUCGAGUUUUUGCCAUGGAGGCUUUCAACUGGCUUCUAUGCAAUGUCAUCCAAACGACUUCCCUCCAUGACAUUCUGUGGCACUUUGUGGCAUCAUUGACUCCCGCUCCAGUGGAACCAGAAGAAGAAGAGGACGAGGAAAAUAAAACGAACAAAGAAAAUGCAGAACAAGAAAAAGAUACAAGAGUGUGUGAACAUCCACUCUCAGACAUAGUGAUUGCAGGCGAAGCCGCUCAUCCUUUACCACAUACAUUUCACCGCUUGCUUCAGACGAUCUCCGAUCUCAUGAUGUCCCUCCCCAGCGGCAGUUCAUUACAGCAGAUGGCCCUGAGAUGCUGGAGUCUGAAAUUCAAGCAGUCCGAUCACCAAUUCCUCCAUCAGAGCAACGUCUUUCAUCACAUUAACAAUAUUUUGUCAAAAUCAGAUGAUGGAGAUAGUGAAGAGAGUUUUAGCAUCAGUAUUCAGUCUGGCUUUGAAGCUAUGAGUCAGGAAUUAUGCAUAGUCAUGUGCUUAAAGGACUUAACCAGCAUUGUUGACAUAAAAACGUCAAGCCGGCCUGCCAUGAUUGGCAGUUUGACAGAUGGCUCCACAGAGACUUUUUGGGAAUCAGGAGAUGAGGAUAAAAACAAAACUAAGAACAUCACCAUCAACUGUGUAAAAGGAAUCAAUGCUCGCUACGUAUCUGUUCACGUGGAUAAUUCCCGAGAUCUUGGGAAUAAAGUUACCUCAAUGACCUUCUUAACUGGCAAAGCAGUGGAAGAUUUGUGCAGAAUAAAGCAGGUGGAUCUGGAUUCCAGGCACAUUGGUUGGGUAACAAGUGAACUUCCAGGAGGAGAUAAUCACAUCAUCAAAAUUGAAUUAAAGGGCCCAGAAAAUACACUGCGAGUCCGACAAGUAAAGGUCUUGGGCUGGAAGGAUGGUGAAAGCACGAAAAUUGCGGGCCAGAUUUCAGCCAGUGUGGCCCAGCAGAGGAACUGUGAAGCUGAGACUCUACGAGUGUUCAGACUCAUCACAUCUCAAGUGUUUGGGAAGCUCAUCUCGGGAGAUGCUGAACCAACGCCUGAACAAGAAGAAAAAGCACUGUUGUCAUCACCUGAAGGAGAGGAAAAAGUAUACAAUGCGACAUCAGAUGCUGACCUGAAAGAACAUAUGGUUGGAAUCAUAUUCAGCAGGAGUAAACUGACCAACUUGCAAAAACAGGUUUGUGCUCACAUAGUUCAGGCCAUUCGCAUGGAAGCCACCAGAGUUCGUGAAGAAUGGGAACAUGCCAUAUCAAGCAAAGAAAAUGCCAAUUCUCAGCCCAAUGAUGAAGAUGCCUCCUCUGAUGCUUACUGCUUUGAACUGCUCUCUAUGGUCUUGGCGUUGAGCGGCUCCAAUGUGGGCCGGCAAUAUCUGGCUCAGCAGCUCACUCUGCUCCAGGAUCUCUUCUCGCUGCUCCACACAGCAUCGCCUCGAGUCCAGAGACAGGUGACCUCCUUACUAAGACGAGUUUUGCCCGAAGUGACCCCCAGCCGUCUGGCCAGCAUCAUAGGCGUGAAAUCCCUCCCCCCAGCAGACAUCAGUGAUAUCAUUCACUCCACAGAGAAAGGGGAUUGGAACAAGCUGGGCAUCUUGGACAUGUUUCUGGGCUGCAUUGCCAAAGCGCUCACAGUACAGCUGAAGGCCAAAGGGACUACCAUCACAGGAACAGCAGGAACCACCGUGGGCAAAGGGGUUACCACAGUCACCCUUCCGAUGAUUUUCAAUUCCAGUUACAUUCGACGAGGUGAAAGUCAUUGGUGGAUGAAGGGCUCAACUCCCACCCAGAUCUCAGAGAUCAUCAUUAAACUUAUUAAGGACAUGGCGGCAGGUCAUCUGUCAGAAGCAUGGUCCCGUGUGACCAAAAAUGCCAUUGCAGAAACCAUCAUUGCCUUGACCAAGAUGGAGGAAGAAUUCAGAUCUCCAGUGAGAUGUAUUGCAACAACAAGGCUCUGGCUCGCGCUAGCCUCCCUGUGCGUUCUGGAUCAGGACCAUGUGGAUCGUCUCUCCUCUGGAAGAUGGAUGGGAAAGGAUGGACAACAAAAACAAAUGCCUAUGUGUGAUAACCAUGAUGAUGGUGAAACUGCCGCGAUCAUUUUAUGCAACGUAUGUGGGAAUUUAUGUACCGACUGUGACAGAUUCCUUCAUCUUCAUCGGCGAACCAAAACUCAUCAGAGACAGGUCUUCAAAGAAGAAGAAGAAGCUAUAAAGGUUGACCUUCAUGAAGGCUGCGGUAGAACCAAAUUGUUUUGGUUGAUGGCACUCGCAGAUUCUAAAACCAUGAAAGCAAUGGUGGAAUUCCGAGAGCACACAGGCAAACCCACCACAAGUAGCUCAGAAGCAUGCCGCUUCUGUGGUUCCAGAAGUGGAACAGAGUUAUCUGCUGUUGGCAGUGUUUGUUCUGAUGCAGAUUGCCAGGAAUACGCUAAGAUAGCCUGUAGUAAGACGCACCCUUGUGGCCAUCCGUGCGGAGGUGUGAAAAACGAAGAGCACUGUCUGCCCUGUCUGCACGGCUGCGAUAAAACCGCCACCGCCCUGAAGCAGGAUGCGGACGACAUGUGCAUGAUAUGCUUCACCGAGGCGCUCUCGGCAGCACCGGCCAUCCAGCUGGACUGUAGUCACGUAUUCCACUUACAGUGCUGUCGGCGAGUUUUGGAAAACAGAUGGCUUGGUCCAAGGAUAACGUUUGGAUUUAUAUCUUGUCCCAUCUGCAAGUUCUCCCUAUUUUCUUCAGAUUUUCAGAACAAAAUCAAUCAUAUAGUAUUAAAAGACCUGCUUGACCCAAUAAAAGAACUCUAUGAGGAUGUCAGAAGAAAAGCCUUAAUGCGAUUGGAAUAUGAAGGUCUGCAUAAGAGUGAAGCCAUCACAACUCCUGGAGUGAGAUUUUAUAAUGACCCAGCUGGCUAUGCCAUGAAUAGAUAUGCAUAUUAUGUUUGCUACAAAUGCAGAAAGGCAUACUUUGGUGGCGAAGCUCGCUGUGAUGCCGAGGCUGGACAAGGGGACGACUAUGAUCCCAGAGAGCUCAUUUGUGGUGCCUGUUCUGACGUGUCCAGGGCUCAGAUGUGUCCGAAACAUGGCACAGACUUCUUGGAGUAUAAAUGUCGCUACUGCUGCUCGGUGGCUGUCUUUUUCUGUUUUGGAACGACACAUUUUUGUAAUGCUUGUCACGAUGAUUUUCAAAGGAUGACGAGCAUUCCUAAGGAGGAACUACCACACUGUCCUGCAGGUCCCAAAGGCAAACAGUUAGAAGGAACUGAAUGUCCACUCCAUGUUGUUCAUCCACCCACCGGGGAAGAGUUUGCUCUGGGUUGUGGAGUGUGCAGAAAUGCUCACACUUUUUAAAACACUCAGAUUCCUGUGUCUGUGGAGAGAAAAGUUGCCUUCAUCCUCUAACCGGAUGUGGUAAAGUUUAAACUCUGCUCAGGAUAAGGACGGGACCAUUUUUACAUCCAUGAAAAUGAACCAUUCACAGUGCAAGAAGGAUGCCAAAUACCGUGUACAUAAUUCUUGCUAUGGAAAGUUUCCCCAUUAUUUUGGUUUAUUUUCUUUGAGCCAAGACAUCAGACUUGUGAGGUGUUUGCAUGUGGCCAUUACCGUCAUUGGCCUGUGAGGCAUUGGACAUUUAUAGAUAAUUGACAUAAAAAGAAUCACCAUGUCCACGGACUAAGAAUGAUGCUGGCUUUCAAGCAGAAAAAGGAAAAAAAUCAUUGUUUAUUGUAUACUGCCUUUUUGUAAUCCUGUACAAUUGCAUCACGGGUGGGGAUAAAAAGAAGAAUAUUCUGGUUUAUUUCUUAGACUGUUAUUUAAAAAAUUGUGUUAGGAUGGCAUAUAAAUGUAAUAAGUAUUACACUGUAUAUAAAGAUAUUCAAUGUUUGUCCUCUAUAAGAAUUAUUAAAUUACAAAUGCAGUUUCAUUUAAACUUCUAGGUUAAGUUUGAGCCUGAAAUUUUAAUGAAGUGCAAUACUGAGUGUGCCUCAUUACCCUGCAGCUGUAAACACAUCGGAAUGUACAUGUCAAUAAACCACUGUGCAUUUUUAUACAGUGAUAAAGC